CGCGCCGGCAUGGCGGUGUGCGCUCGCCUCUGCGGUGUGGGCCCGUCGCGGGGAUGCCGGCGCCGCCAGCAGCGCCGGGGCCCGGCCGAGACUGCGGCGGCCGACAGCGAGCCGGACACGGACCCGGAGGAGGAGCGCAUCGAGGCGGGCGCGGCGGCUCUGUCCGGGGCGCUGGGCGGCCGGGGCGCGGGCCCCCAGUCGCCCCCGCGCUGCUCGCUGCUGGAGCUGCCGCCGGAGCUCCUGGUGGAAAUCUUCGCCUCGCUACCCGGCACCGACCUGCCCAGCCUGGCCCAGGUCUGCACCAAGUUCCGGCGCAUCCUGCACACCGACACCAUCUGGAGGCGGCGCUGCCGGGAGGAGUAUGGCGUUUGCGAGAACCUGCGGAAGCUGGACAUCACGGGCGUGUCUUGUAGAGACGUCUAUGCCAAGCUGCUCCAUCGGUACAGACACAUUCUGGGGCUGUGGCAGCCAGACAUCGGGCCCUAUGGAGGACUGCUGAACGUGGUGGUGGAUGGCUUGUUCAUCAUUGGCUGGAUGUACCUGCCUCCCCAUGACCCUCAUGUGGACGACCCAAUGCGAUUCAAGCCCCUGUUCAGAGUCCACCUGAUGGAGAGGAAGUCUGCCACGGUGGAGUGCAUGUAUGGCCACAGAGGGCCCCACAACGGCCACAUUCAGAUUGUGAAGAAGGACGAGUUCUCCACCAAGUGCAACCAGACUGACCACCACAGGAUGUCUGGCGGGAGGCAGGAGGAAUUCCGAACGUGGCUGAGGGAAGAAUGGGGGCGGACGCUGGAGGACAUUUUCCACGAGCACAUGCAGGAGCUCAUCCUGAUGAAGUUUAUCUACACCAGUCAGUACGACAACUGCCUGACCUACCGCCGCAUCUACCUCCCGCCCAGCCACCCGGAUGACCUCAUCAGACCCGGCCUGUUCAAAGGCACCUACGGCAGCCACGGCCUGGAGAUCGUCAUGCUCAGCUUCCAUGGGAAGCGUGCCAGGGGCACGAAGAUCACGGGUGACCCCAACAUCCCUGCCGGGCAGCAGACUGUCGAGAUUGACCUCAUGCACCGCAUCCAGCUGCCUGAUGUGGAGAGCCUGCGCAACUUCAAUGAGCUCUCCCGCAUCGUCCUGGAGGUUCGGGAGCAGGUGCGCCAGGAACAACAGCAGCAUGAGAACGGGCUCGAGGACGGUGAGGGCCGUGGCCGGCAGAGCCCCCGGGAGCCCCAGCGGGGCCCUGCCCAGCCCAGUGUGGAGCCGCCUGCCGAGAAGGCCGGGGAGCCUGGGGACGGAGGGGCCGCGGCUGCGGCUGCGCCUGCUCCUGAGCAGCCCGCCCACUCCGGGCAGGGGCAGCCGUUUGUGUUGCCCGCGGGCGUGAGCUCGAGGAACGAGGACUAUCCCCGCACCUGCAGGAUGUGUUUUUACGGCACAGGCCUCAUCGCCGGCCACGGCUUCACCAGCCCUGAGCGCACCCCUGGGGUCUUCAUCCUGUUCGACGAGGACCGUUUCGGGUUCAUCUGGCUGGAGCUGAAAUCCUUCAGCCUGUACAGCAGGGUGCAGGCCACCUUCCGGAAUGCAGAGGCGCCGUCCCCACAAGCCUUCGAGGAGAUGCUCAAGAACAUCCAGUCCCUGACCUCCUGACAGGCCACUUUCUUGCGGGGCGGCUCCCGGGGCCCUGGACCUGGCACCUGGGAAAGGAAGCAGCAUGCACUUUGGAGAGUCAGCCUUCUGACCAGAACACCCACCUUGUAGGAGUCUCGGCCCAGCCACCCCAAGACUCUUUGUACAGAGUGUGUGAUGUUUGCGUGUGUCCUCGUUAGGAGCUCGUGGGAAGGCUGACUGAGCACGUCUUA